AUGGCGGACGCGUCGCCUUUCAGCUUGGCAUCGUCGAUAUCCUGCCACGCGUGGAAUGGCAACAUGUCCAUGGUGGCCGUCAGCCCGCGAACAUCGGAGCUGUGGAUAUUCAAGGCUAAUAUCGCGGAUGAUGAGAAACAGUGGGAGAAGCUCCACACGUUGUCCAAGCACGAGGACCUGAUAUCAGGCGUGGACUGGGGCGCCAAGAAGAACCGCAUCGUCACAUGCUCACACGACCGCAACUCGUACGUGUGGAACUGGGUGGAGGGGGAGUGGAGGGCGGCACUGGUCAUUCUCAGACUGAACAGGGCGGCUCUCUGCGUCGCAUGGAGUCCUCAAGAGAACAAGUUUGCUGUGGGAAGUGGAUCCAAGACUGUCAGUGUGUGCUACUAUGAUGACGAGAACAGCUGGUGGGUGAGCAAGGUGAUUCGCAAGAAGCACGCGUCAUCAGUCACCAGCGUUGCCUGGCACCCAAACAACCUUCUCCUAGCGACCACAUGCACAGAUAACAAGUGUCGAAUAUUCUCAGCUACAAUCAAAGGAGUUGACUCUAAAAGUUCGGAAAGCUCUUCAUCUGGCGGAUUCUCUGGGAAGUUUGGCGAGCAACUUCUGCAACUGGACUUGGCAUUCGGGUGGACGUUUGGGGCCAAGUGGUCACCCUCAGGGGCCAACCUCGCCUUCGUUGGCCAUGACUCCACCAUCCAUUUCAUCAACGACGUCGGCCCCUCCCUCACCCUCCACUCCAUCUCCCUGCGAUACCUCCCACUGCGAGACGUUCUCUUCCUCUCUGAUCGGCUGCUGGUGGCGGCUGGUUUUGACUACAACCCCAUUCUCUUCAGUGCCGACGCCAAUGGCACGUGGACGUUUGUGAGAGUAUUGGACGGAUCUGAGGAGCCCACCUCCACUGCCACUGGCGCUGCUCUUUCUGCGAAGGACGCGUUCGGUCGGUCGAUGGAGCGUGGGAACUCUCGCCGCUCCGGCCUGACCGAUGCUGCUCCCAAUGGAGGGAAGGCGAAGGCGAAGGCGAAGGUGUCAGAGCAGCCGCUUAAGUACGUCGGUACGACGGACCCGAUCGUCGCAGCGCGACACGUGAAAUGGGCGCGAGUGGCGUUCUUCGUCGCUGUUGGAAUCGAUAUUGCCUUCACUCUUGCUCUGCACUAUUCUCUCCACAACGCCAUCUGGACUCCCGAUUUCAGCUCCUUCAGCGAAUUCGUUAAAAGUCUCCUCAGCUUCAGAUCAGACUCCCUCGAUCUCAUCCUGAUUGCGAUAGUCAGAGCGAUCUCGCUGUCAAUCCUGUCAGAAAUAGCAGCUCGAUACGCGUGGCAGGAGGGCUGGGAGCUUGAAAUCCCGAAAAAGGAACAGAAGGGGAGGGCAGGAGGGGGUUCAGGGACCAAUGCAGCAAGAAGAGGGUCCCAUGACAUGAAUGGAGGGUUGAACGCUCCGCUUCUGGCUCGGGGUACGGAGAAGGAGAAGGAGAAGGAGGAAGAGGAGGAGGAAGAGGAGGAGGAGAAGAAGCAUGAGGUGAUAUCGUGGAAGAAGGAGGAGGAGGACCAGGGCUUUAAGGAGUGGAUGAGCAAUGUGUCAUCCAAGGACGUGACUGUCUUCGUCUCCUUCCUCCUCUGCACCUUCUUUCAGGUGUAUGUGGGCGCCAAGUGUGUCAACUUCGUCUUCCCCAGCGAGUUCCUGCAGGGCUGGCUGAUGGGGUCGGCCAUCAUCUGGAUCAACGCCGAGUCCACCCUUCUGGGAAACCUCUCCGAGUGCAGCGGCGUGCUUGGGCGGGCGCUCGCACUGAAGGAGAAAGCGGCGCAUGCUCAUGCACUUUCACAUGGGCAUGGGGCGAGAAGGAGGUCGAGCGAUGGGGAGAAUGGAGGCGGAUUGGAGGUGACUACCUCUGCUGCCGGCUCACAUGGCGCUACCAGUGCGUCCAAGAAGACUGCUCGUGGGGCCAGCAGCAAGCAGCAGGGGCAGGAGGAGGCGCUAGACGAGUCAGCUCUUAGAGGGGACAAGGGAAUCCGUUUUGAGAAGGUUCUCACCCCCCGGCAGUACCUGCUGCGCUCCAUCGGCCUCGCCUACAAGGAGCUGCCCCUUAUAGUCACGGGCUUCACCUGCCUGGCUGUCACGUCGGGGGCUGGGCUGCUCAUCCCUACCUAUCAGGGCCGAAUCGUGGACGACGUAAAAGACGGACACGCCGAUAAAGCCCAGUUCCAUCGGGACGUCCUGGCGAUGGCGCUCUGCUCGCUCAUCACCGGCAUUUUCGGCGGCCUGCGCGGCCUCUGCUUCUCCGUCGUCGGAAAGCGCGUGCUCAAAACCCUCCAGGACAAACUCUUCGAAGGCGUGAUCAUCCAAGACAUCGCGUAUUUCGACUCCACAACCACCGGAGAGCUCACGUCUAGGCUGACCAAUGAUGUCGCGGCGAUGAGUGAGCCGAUCAACUGGCAGCUGUCGGCGCUGGUGCGGAAUCUGGCGUCGCUGGUGGGCGGCGUGCUGCUGUGCUUUGUGACCUCGUGGAAGCUCAGCAUCCUCGCGUUCACCACCAUGGCGCCCAUUCUGCACAUCACGGCGGUGUAUUCUCGCUGGUCGAGAGACCUCAACAGGAAACGAUACGCGGUGCUAGCAGAGGCCAACAGCGCGGCAUCCGAGGCACUGAGCAACAUCCGCACAGUGCGGGCGUUCUCCACAGAGGGCGUGGAGAGGGAGCGGUACGAGAGCAAGACCAUGGCAGCCAUGGCCAAGGGCGUGAGGGACGCCCUCGCCUACUCGGGUGCCGUCGCCAUCAACAACUGGCUCGACCUGGGGGCUUCUGUACUUAUCCUCUGGUACGGAGGAGUGUUGGUGAUGGAGGGGCACAUGCGCCUGGGUCAGCUGAUCGCCUUCCAGCUCUACUGGAAUUUAAUCCAGUCAGGGUAUCAGAGCAUCAUGUCGGUGCUCAUGUCGCUCACCAAGGCCUCUGGCGCCGCUCAGAGGGUGCUCUCCCUCAUCGACUCUCUCCCAGAUAUUGACCCUGAUGCUGGCAUGAAGGCCUCUGGCGCCGCUCAGAGGGUGCUCUCGCUCAUCGACUCACUGCCCGAUAUCGACCCCGAUGCCAGCACCAAGUCAGGGUAUCAGAGCAUCAUGCCGGUGCUCAUGUCGCUCACCAAGGCCUCUGGCGCCGCUCAGAGGGUGCUCUCCCUCAUCGACUCUCUCCCAGAUAUUGACCCUGAUGCCGGCACCAAGGUGUCAACACUGCAGGGAUCCAUUCGCAUGGAGGAUGUGCACUUCCACUACCAGAUGCGCCCCGACCACCCUGUGCUCAAAGGAGUGUCCCUCCACGUGGAUCCAGGGCAAGUGCUGGCCCUGGUGGGUCGCAGUGGCGGUGGCAAGUCCACCGUCGUGCAUCUCCUCAUGCGAUUCUACGAUCCCGUGCAAGGCCGCAUCGUGAUGGACGGCCGAGAUCUGUGCGAGCUGAAUCUACGGUCGGUGCACGCGCACAUGGGGCUGGUGGCGCAGGACACGCAGAUGUGGGCAUGCAGCAUCGAGGAGAACAUCGCAUACGGCUUGCCUUCCUACACUCGAGCCGAAGUGGAAGAGGCUGCCAAGAACGCCAACGCACAUGAUUUCAUCACCAAGUUCCCCGAGGGGUAUGCCACGCGCGUGGGGGAGAGGGGAGUGCGGCUCUCAGGCGGCCAGAGGCAGCGCAUAGCCAUUGCCCGGAUGCUCCUGCGCCGCCCGCGCGUGCUCCUAUUGGACGAGGCCACGUCAGCAUUAGACGCGGAGAGCGAGGCGCUGGUGCAGGGGGCGCUGGACCGGCUGAUCGCGGAGGGCGGGCGCACCAUCGUGCUCGUGGCUCACCGCCUGUCCACCGUGCGCAAUGCUGACAGCAUCUGCGUGCUGGAAGGCGGACGGGUGGCUGAGCAUGGCACUCACGAGCAGCUUCUGGAAAUACCAAAUGGAGUGUACGAGAGGUUGGUGCGACGGCAGUUGAGCAAGGCGGCCAACACCCUCGGGGGAAUUGAGUCGUCAGCAGCAGCAGCUGACAAGCAUGAUCGUAUUGACUCGUUGAUAGAGGAAGUGCACUAA